AGUUAAGUAGUAAACGUUCUCAUUUCCAGUUCGCGCCAUGGCGUCGACAAUACUACUGCUCUUGACCUUCUUCGUAGGCGCCAUUGGUGCUAUAAUUUUACUCUAUCGCCAGAUGAAUUUUUGGUCUCGAAGGGGAAUUCCUCAUCUUAAACCACUACCAAUCAUAGGAAACAAUUUGUCUAUGUUUUUUGGAAGAACUUCAAUUACGGAAUUCGUCACCAAUAUAUAUGAUAGUUUUCCUGAUGCAAAAUACUUCGGUAUAAUGGGUUUUCAAACUCCAGUAGCUGUCCUUCGCGAUCCAGAACUGAUAAAGGAAACGUGCGUGAAAAACUUUGACUAUUUUCUCAAUCAUCAAAGCUUCCUUACCGAGGAAAUGGAUCCCCUGUUUGGGAAGAAUGUAUUUUCGUUAAAAGGAGAUCGUUGGAAAGUAAUGAGAAACACUCUGAGUCCAUGUUUUACAGGAGCAAAGAUGAAGUUUAUGUUUGAAAUAAUUGCAAAGUGUUCUCGUGAUUUCGUUCAAUAUUUUAUAAAUCAUCCCGAUGAAGCUACGUCUAUUGAUACUAAGGAUGCAUUCACGAGGUAUACCAAUGACGUAAUUGCAACUGCUGCGUUCGGUAUCAGUGUCAAUUCUAUGAAGGACAGAGAGAACGAGUUUUACUUAAGAGGGAAGGAUGCUACGUCAUUUCGAGGUAUUUGGCGCAUGCUAAAGUUCUUCGGUUUCCUGGCUUGUCCGAAAAUAAUGAAGCUGAUAGGAGUAACCUUUUUCUCUCGAGCAACAUACCGAUUUUUUGCGGCAGUUAUUCAUGAUGCAGUGAAAACAAGGGAGGAAAAUAAUAUAAUUAGACCAGAUAUGCUUCAGUUAUUGAUAGAAGCCAAGGUCAAGGAUAACCGUGUGGAGAUGUCUAUCGAUGAUAUUACUGCCCAGGCUUUUAUAUUCUUCUUUGCAGGUUUUGAUCCAUCAUCAACUUUGAUGUGCUUUGUUGCUCAUGAACUAGCUGUCAACCCUGAAAUUCAGGAGAAGUUACGUAAUGAAGUGGAUAUUUUAACAAAACAUGAAAGCAGCGAUAUUUCAUACGAAACUCUCUCGCAGAUGAAGUAUAUGGAUAUGGUGAUUUCGGAAGCAUUGAGAAAGUAUCCACCGACUGCUGCCACGGAUAGGGAGUGCGUAAAGAAAUUUACUUUACCCAAACCCACACCAGACAGCGUGGAAUAUACUGCAGAGCCAAAAACUGUUAUUUGGAUUCCUAUAUACGCACUACAUCAUGAUCCAAAGUACUUUCCAGAUCCGGAAAAAUUUGACCCUGAAAGAUUUAGCGAUGAAAACAAGAGUAAAAUUAAUCCUUAUACAUAUGUGCCAUUUGGUAUCGGUCCGAGAAAAUGUAUUGGUAAUAGAUUUAUACUCUUGGAGACGAAAAUUCUCUUCGUCCAUAUUUUACAACAUUUUAUUUUGGAGAAGUGUGAAAAGACGAGACAUCCAGUAGAAUUUGAAAAGAUUAUUAAUGUUGCUAUAAAAGGUGGUUCUUGGGUAAAAUUUACCAAAAGGAAUUCAUAAUGUUCAGGAUAUUUUGUGAAUUACCCCAUAGAGUAAUUGAAUUAGGAAUUUUGUUGAUGGUCUUACAUCCUAAUCUUCGGAAUCAUUUUCGUCAUCAGAUUUCAAAGGCUCUUAUUCCUUUACACUAUGCAAUAUCUCACUGUCGGUCAAUAAUAUAGUAAUUGUUAAAUUAGCGUCCAUAUAAAAAAAAAUCUUCAAAGGUUGCAUCUGUGAAUCUUAAUCUGCUUUGAAGAUCAGUCGAAUUUUCAGGAAUAUCAACCGCAGAAUGUUUGUCCUCUUCUUGUUACAUUAAUUCCAAGCUUUGCUUAAUUAGCAUUGCAACUUUACAGCGAAAUUCGGUGGUAAGUAAACCAUAUUCACGGCUUUUAGUGUGUGCAUUAUCAAAACUUUCAAAUGAGCCUGAGAAUAAGCCACAAACAAAAUAAAUUUUUGAUUUUCUCUUUGAAAUUUACUAUCAAUUUUGUGAAGCCAGUCUUAAUAUAUUAAACUGGCCAACCAAGAUUUUUGUAUUGAUUUCAUAUAACACAAGUAAAGAAUUAAUUCCCUUAAAA